AGAGGCAGGAACGAUGAUGAAUGGCUCCGACGUGGCCAGCACCACGACACCCAGCCCCAAAUCCAAGGAGGAGCAGGUCGUGGACGGCCACGAUGAGAAGGAGAGCAACCCCUUCGCCGAGUACAUGUGGAUGGAGAACGAGGAGGACUUCAACAGGCAGGUGGAGGAGGAGCUGCAGGAGCAGGAGUUUCUGGACCGCUGCUUCCAGGAGAUGCUGGACGAAGAAGAGCAGGACUGGUUCAUUCCCUCGCGAGACCUGCCCCAGGGCAUGGCGCAGCUGCAGCAGCAGCUGAACGGGCUCUCGGUCGGCGACGGCCACGCUUCGGAGGACAUCCUGAGCAAAAGCAACUUGAAUCCGGACGCCAAGGAGUUCGUGCCCGGUGUGAAGUACUGACGGGGGGGCUGCCCUCGGACAGACUGUGGCCCCGUGGCCCCGGCUCCGCUGGGGACGGCGCUGGGGGCUGGGAGGGA